AUGCACGUAGAUCCGAACACCAGCCUCGCGGCUCAGCGAGUGCUAGCUGCGCACAAGGCGAAGCACCUGCACGUGGAGGUCGAUUCUCCAUCUGGCGUCUCCUCGCACGGGGGAAAAUCAGGCGGGGCUAUUGUGACUGGAGAGGGUCCGGAGUUCCGCGAGCCGGCGCAACAGCAGCAGCAGCUUCCGCCGAUUCAGGCUCAGGCGCAGGCGUCUCCAGGCGAAGGGGUUGCCGUUCCGCAGCCGCUACUGUCAAAGUCAGGCCGGCCUGUUGUGCGGUGCCAGUGGUGCUCCCAGAUGCUCGCCGUCCCGCCGAAACUGGAGCCGAGAGACGGAGUUCAGAAGCUGCGUUGCGGAAAGUGCCUCAAGAUCUCCAAAUUCUCGGUCUUCGUCCCUCCAGCUGGCGGCGUUCCCGUGCUCAUGCCCCUUUCCGCCUCCGGCCCUCUCCCCGGUCCGCCCUCGGUAGCUGUUUCGCGUGGGGGAGCCCAAAGCCAGCAACCCCAGCCUGUGCAGCCGCAGCCGCAGCCGCAGCAGCAGCAGCAAGGGCCGUCAGUGCCUGAGGAAACGUGGCUGCAGCAGCCGCUGCAAGGUGUAGCCCCGGUGCAGGCGUACCAGCAACAGCCGCAGUUCCAACAGCCGCAGGGCAUGGGUCCCGUGCAGCCGCAGCAGGCGCGGCUGCCUUCGCCGCAGCUCAUGCAACAGCAGCAGCAGCAGCAGCAGCAGCAGCAGCAGCAUGCAGCACUGCAGGGUUAUGGGCAGGGUGCGCAGGGGCUGGUGCAGCAGAUGGGCGGGUUGAGCAUGGGUGAGUCGUUCAGUCAACAGCCGUACGCGAUGGCCCCUCAGAUGCCACAAGGGAUGAGUCCGCAGGGAGGGAUGCAGCAGGGCAUGGGGCAGCAAGGCAUGGGCCAGCAGGGGAUGGGGCAGGUGUAUCAGCAGCAGGCUCAUGCACCUGGGCAUAUGCAGGCUCAUCCACAACAGCAGCAGGCGGUACCUCAAUUCCAGCAACAGAUGGUUGGGGGAGCGCAGCAGCAGUAUGCCAACUUCACACAGCCAGGCAUGGCCGGGCCUGGAGGGUUCAUGCCACAGCAGCAACAGCAACAGCAGCAGCAGCUACAGCACCCUCACCAGCAGCAGCAACACAUGCAAUUCCAGCAGAUGCAAAAUCAGCCUAUUCAGCAGCAGAUGCAGCAGCAGAUGAUGCAGCAAGGGCCGGGCCAGCAGAUGGGUCAUCUCACACCCCAACAUGCCUCUCAAUCCCCUGUGCAAGCCUCAGGCUUCGCAGCUAGCCCCCUAUCCCAGAACCUCUCACCAUCCAUGCCCAUGUACCAUCAAAACGCAGGCCCUCCUCAGCAACAGCCGCUCCACCCAUACCAGCAGCAGAGCCCCAUGCAGGGUCGCACUCACAUGGGCAAGGUAGCAUACGGGCAUCAAGCACCCAGACCUCCUCUAUCCGGGGGGAGCAUAGGGGGGCACCUGGAGAGCGAGGAGGGCCUGCCAAGGCAAGGGUCAGGGAAACGGUUCCCCAAGCAGCCGCCACAGGCCCCCAUGGACCCACAAGCUGCCACCAGACGGUACCUCACAGGCCCAGGGAAGUCCCUAGCGCCUUCUAUCGGCUUUAGAAGCGCGUCUCUCAAUGAACACCAGAUGCAGCAGCAGCAGCACGGGGGUGCGGGGAUGAGGCCGCCUGCGGACCUGCCCUUCAGGCGCACUGCCACGGAGUACAGUGGGCCGCCCGGGCGGGCAGAUGCGAUGACGGUGGCGCCUAGAAGCUCAACGCUGGGCGGCGAGGGGCAGUACCGGCGCAAGGUGUAUAUGAACGGGCAGCCUGUGCCUGACAAGCUUGUGUUCCUGGCUGAGAGGCGGAUUGGAACGAUUGAGCCAGGCAGCUACUGGUACGACUGCCGAGCUGGAUUUUGGGGCCCUGUGGGAGGGCCAGCAUUCGGAGUUACUCCGGCGUUUAUGAGGGAGUUCGGCAUGCAGCCGAUGCAGAGUGAAUGCUCCGGAGGCAAGACUAAGGUGUUUGUGAAUGGGAGAGAGCUGCACAAGAAGGACCUUGUUACUUUAAUGAAGAGAGGAUUCCCGGACACUGCUGGUGCUCGGUACACUCUGGAUGCUGAUGGCACAGUCUGCAAUGAGGCAGGCCGACACCUCUUCGCCAUGGGAAAACUGAUGGUGGACAAGAAGAAGGGUAUGUACAUGUUAACUACGGCUCCGUUAGGGACCAAAGACGACGAAGCUACCAGAAUCCCUCCUCUUAGUGCUUCACAGAUCCGUGGUCUUCGUGCAGGGAUGUCUAAGGCGCUGUGUGUUCUGUGCCAACCCAGAUACAUGGAGGAAUUCCACUCGAUGAAACGACGCAUCAACGGGACCACGGGUCAAUCCAUCCGCUGCGUCUGCCUUGCUGCUAUGCAGGCUCAACCAGACGACAGCGACAAACAGCCGUUCACCAUUCACACGAAUGGCUCCUUAAUACGGCUUGUUGAAUUAGCACAACCAGACAAAGAAGUUGCAGCUCUGGAGCACAGGUUGGAGGACGCAGGAGCCGAGGGGGAGACUGUCAGUGUGCCAAAUGGAAGGCAGGGAGCAGGUGUAGCAGCUGGAAAUGCAGCAGGAGGGGUUGCAGCCAAAGGGGUUAAAGCGAGGCAGAAAAUAACAGAGCUGGAGAGAGUUGUGGGUACUCUUGACAUCAGCCUAAGACGAUUGGGGUCUAAUGAAAUCUUUCCAGGGGUCGAGCUUCCUCGCGAGUCCUCCAGCUUCUUGGUACCCCUGCCUUCCUCCGCCCUCACUGCUCUCUCCACUACAGCCAACGGCCUGCAAGCUGCUGUGAGCGACAUCCAGUCAGCUGUGAAUGACAUUGGGACGGCUGCUAACAGCAUUCAGUCAGCGGUCAAUGGCAUUGGGUCAGCUGUAAAUGGUAUUGGGUCGGCUGUGAACGGCAUCCAAGCUGAAAUUCGCCGGUACCCGUCCAGCCUGCCUGCCUCUGCCUCCUCUCUCCUCAACAACGCCAUCUCUGACCUCCAGGAUGCAUGGCAGGCAGUGGCGCAGGAGAGUGACGAGAGAGCUUGUCAGUUGAAUGGCUUAGUGGUAGCUGAAGCCACGCUUCCGCAGCAAAAUGAGAAGAGUCGGCCACAGCAGGCAGUCCAGCAGAACCAGCCAAGUGCAACAACGGAGCAGCAAUUACAAGAGCAAAAACAAGAAGCUCCAAUGGCAGGGCAGCAACUACAAAAGCAGAUACAGCAGCAGCAGCAGCAUGAACCUUCAGGGCAAGUGGCGUUGGAGCGACCAUACUAUGCGUACAUAUCAAAUGUGUGCGUAUCAAACAAAUUCAGGCGUCAAGGGAUUGCUGCAGCUCUCAUGCGUGCUGCAGCUGACGUUGCAGCAGAAUGGG